UAUGUUUUCAUUUAGCAGCGCGCGGGAAGAACCGGAAGAGCCGCAUCCUUAUUUCUUGAUUGUAAUUUAUAUAUUUUGUGAUUAACGGUUGAAAAGUAACUUAAAUUCGAUCAUUCGUUAGUGAAAGUUGUGCAAGAUUGUCCCACGUUCCUGAAGGCUCUGCUAUGGCAAUCAAUAUCGAACUGGCGCGUGCCGAUGUGGAGACGAGUCUCGAGAAUCCACCGAAGCUGCACUAUAUUCCGGCCUCGAUCGGAGGCGAUGGACCAGCCAAAGUGCAAGAGUAUUUUGAUUCCUAUACCGCAGAACAGGAGGACAAAACUCUUCUGAAUGCGCUGCGAGGAUACCCGUUGCGUGGAAAACCAUUCACCCUGCCAGAAGGAUGCAAGGGAGUGAUAUUCCAGGAGACGCAGAAACCACUUUCGGCCGAUGAUGAACGUAGCUUUAGUUUUGCCGGUGCCUUCGACCGGUUCACCUACUGGAAUUACGACAAAAUACCAUCGAAAAACGAUCCUCUGGAAAAGGCCCUGAAUUGGAUGGAACUUGCAGCGGUGCUUCAUGCGCCACUAAGCGAUACUAAUGUUAAGGAGGAGAUGGUGAUUAAAAAUGAAAAAUAAACACAUCUAUUGUGUCUGUAAUAUAA